GUCUAUUCUUCUCACCUUUUGUGGAUUGCGAAAGACGAAGAUGUCGAAAGAUACGAAGGGCAAUACUAGCAGAGUGAUUAAUAGCUAUGGUGGUGGCUUGGAAGCAAACACUUUGGCCAUGCUUGAUUCCACCGGCGCUAAGGACAAUCGCGACGCUAACGAAGAUCGUUUACAGUAUCUGGAAGCUGUUCGUGCCGCUUCACUUGUACCCGAAAACGGAAUUCCUCCAACCAACAAAAUGUACCAAGCGAUUUUUAGGAUAUUGAGAUUCGGAAGAACAUUGGAGCUCAUCACAGCAAGUUUCCAGCUUUUGACGCAAUUACAUCAGCGGUAUCCUUGGGUUUAUAUAUCUGAUUCAGCUGCUAGUGGGAAACAUCAGUUGGAAACCGUUGACGAGGCUUGGUCACCGUUUAAUUUUGGGUCUGAUGUUGUAUCUGAUGAAAAUGAAACAUCAGUGGGAAGCUCAUGGUUUCAAGAGCUGGUUCAAAAUAUGAACAAAGGAGUUAAAGAGUCAGAGGAAUCUGAUUUGAAGAUCCUAGGAAACAUGUUCCUGUUCGAGUAUCUUGUUCAUGUUCUUAAGUUAGAUUUCACGCCCCGAAAUCAAGUGUAUGAAGAGACCAUGAACUGGAGUCUUUUGAAGGAAUCGUCACUGAAUCUACUUCUGGCUUCACGAAAAGUGAAUUUUAAAUUUCUAACGAAAGAUUGUCUAUCAACAAUGUGUGCGCUCUUUGAUGCUGAUGAAAAAUCUAUCAGUUCAGUAGAAUUGCACAAGGGUGCACUUCGUGCUAUGAAGGAACUUCUAGUCAUUAUCAUGGAGCUUGAUGCAUCAAAGAAGAAAGCUGACAUGGAAGGAAUUACCAACAGAGGAGACGGCGUAAGAACUCCUGCAAUGGAGAUAAUUCUUGACGAGCUGACAUAUGAUGGAUACUUACUGUCGAAUUUUCUUCAGGUUUUCGACGAUCCAAAGUGGAAGCUAGAGAUUGUUCUCCAAUACCUCACCAAAUACAUUCCUAAGCCUUCUGUUCGUACCCGAAGAUCGAACAGUUCUCAAGUAGAGGAUUUGAAAACGCUAAAUGGGAUCUUGAAGACCUUUUCAACUGGCACAAACGCAAAGAGCAUCACUAAAAAGAUAGGACCUGACGUUGUUCAGAUCCUCAUUGGACAUGCCUUUCUGGCUCGGCUCACAUUCUCAAACACUAAUGAAGGCGGCUCCAUAACAGAGAUAUGCGAUAGUAUCAUCUCUGCAUUUACUAAUCUAAAGCGAGUAGAUCAGAAAAUCGAGAUUUUACCAUUUGGGAAAGAAGUGUUGUUUACUGCAGAAAUGGUACUCAAGGCAAAAGCUUAAGGCAUCUAGGAGUCAAGAAUUUAGCAAAUCUAGAGAUUUGCAUUGGAUUAAAAGCAGAAAAGUUUAAUGUAGGACUUA